GGAAGCCGCCCCUCAAGAGGACCAGUUCCGCUUCCGUUCGGGCGCCGUUCCGCUUCCGGGUUGGUGCCAGUUCCGCUUCCCGGCGUGCAGCCUCUCCGCCGGUGUGGCGCCAUGGCCGGCAUCAAAGCCCUGAUCAGCCUGUCCUUCGGGGGAGCCGUCGGCCUGAUGUUCCUGAUGCUGGGAUGCGCCCUUCCCCAGUACAACCAGUACUGGCCACUGUUUGUUCUGUUUUUUUACAUCCUUUCUCCUAUCCCGUACUGCAUAGCAAGAAGAUUGGUAGAUGACACAGAUGCUACAAGUAAUGCCUGCAAGGAGCUUGCAAUAUUUCUUACAACAGGCAUUGUUGUCUCAGCAUUUGGGCUGCCGAUAGUGUUUGCGAGAGCAGAACUGAUCUACUGGGGCGCCUGUGCACUUGUUCUUACCGGGAAUACCGUCAUCUUCGCCACAAUCCUAGGAUUUUUCUUGGUCUUUGGCAGCAAUGACGACUUCAGCUGGCAGCAGUGGUGAAAGGAAGAUAGGAGAACUAUCCCUGGCAUCUCCUCAUGCAGUGGCCAUCCAUACAAAUGAGAGAAUGGGCAAUAAAGAGAAGUAGCGUAGCAAGCCUCUUGAGUAUUCUAGAUGCUCCUUUUCACCUUGUUCGUUCUGAGUGUACUACUGUUGCUGACAGGGUUUCUACAUUUUUAUGAAGCGGAGAGAGGAUUGAUUUCAUUUUUACCUAUGGUAUGUUUUUAGGUGCUCUCUUGGUUUAAAAUUGUCAUCCCUCUGUCCGGUGUUUAUGUGAAGCUUUAAAUCUGGAAUAAGAACAUUUAAACAUGGUUUCAAAGAAGAUUUAAAGUUGGGGAUUUUUGGGGGGGGAAGGUGGUGUUUUAUUGGUUUUUGGUUUGUUUGUUUGUUUUUUUUUUUUUUAAUUUAAGCAUUAAUACUAUGUUUCAAAAUAACUUUUUUUUUAUAUAUAGUGAUUAAAUUAUGUACAAACUGAACUGAGGUAAGAGAUUGUGCACCACUAUUGUCAAUUACCAGAUCAACAGAUUUUUUGCUAUAUUUUAGCAGAGGCAAGGCGGGGCGGGGAGUACAAGUUGCAGAUUUUUCUUCUGCCCAUACCUCAAACUGGGUGAUGAAUGUUGAUAGCCUUCAUUUCAGGAGAAGGCUGAGGAGCAGGUAGAGUUAUUUGGGAGAACUCCUAAAUUUUAACACUGCUAGCACUUUUACCUGCUUUGUUAUCAAUUCUUGCGUGGAUGUGACAUUCAAAUACUCUGUAAAUGUAUUGAUGCUAUGACAUGCAAAACUAAAGUAUAUUGUAGGGGAAGGGAAAAUGAAGUUUAAAUUCCAUUUUUUUAAAUAAUAUCUUUUGAACUCUUUCUAUUUAUAAGUAUUGUAUGAUUUUGAACUUUUAUGUCAACUUUUUACCAUAAAGAUGGUAAAAUGUUCAUUUUUGGAACUACUGGUCUCUGGUCUGUGUUAAUUUGAAGCAUAUACAAAGCUAUUUCCUCCGUCCCCUUUUUAAUUUAUUUUAUACAUAGUAUAUAUAUAUAUAAUAAAACAGCUUUUCAAAUGUAGAUUAAAA